UGCUGGAUGACUUCUACCAACCCCUGGGAUUGGAUUCUCUUACUCCAUCCUCUGGAAGCCCCAGGGAGUGUGAGCCUGACUCCAUCAGUCUUGCAACCGAUGAGCUUCUAGCACUGCCAGCGGAUGGAUCCCAGCCUUUUCUCCCCCCUAUUCCUUUGAAUCCAAGGAUUCCAAGGAGGGAAUCCCUUAAAAGCUCUUCCUGCCCUUCCCAAACCUCAGGCCUGCCUUUGGGAAGAGGGUUCAAUCCCCACAGGAACCCCCCCAAAGCCUUGAGUAAAAAGAAGCACACAGGAAGAGCCGGGCCUUUGGAAGAGGAUUCCAAGGCUUUUCCUUGGGGGAAUUAUCCCAGGUGGCUCAACCAGUCGGAUUUAAGUGUAUCCGGGAUAAGCAGCAUUCCCAGUUCUCCUUAUCCAGCCUGGCUCAAGACUUACAACCUCUUUAGUGAUCCAGCUCCAAGUCCUGCUCCGGGUCCCACGAGUCAAAGAGAAGCUUCCUCUUCCCCGCUCCUGAAGCCAGGACCUUCUGAUCCCGACAAUUCCCAGUUUUCCAACCCAAGUGGUUCCUUGGAGCCGGGAGGUGAUGAAAGGGAAGGAAGGUGCCACCCGGACACUCCACAUGGGUGCUUCUCCCUGGAGACCUCAUCUUGGGCCCACACUAAGCAGCUGUGGAGAGAGCCCCAGCUCCUCCCCGUGCCUACUACAGAGAGGCCAAGCGAAGACGGAGCCCGUACGGAAAAGGAUGGGAGUCCUGCUACAACAGAGAUACUACAAGCUGGAAGACCGUGGCCCGAAGCUCCAGGUGCUUUGAAGCCCUCUACGUGCUGGGAGGACCUGGAGCCUCCUUUGGCGUUGCCGAAGGUAGACCUGCUACCCAAAUCCCUGGAAGACCGCUGGAGUGGCCAAGAGAAGGAAGCUGCUUUCUCUGGAGGUCACCAGCCCAGGCCCCUUGAAGCUCUGAAGCUGCUGCUGUUCCAGCUCCAAGCAAUCCAAGGAAGUCUGAGCCAAUGGGCAACCACGGAGCAAAAGGAAGAGGGUGGAAAA